GGCGAGCACAGGUCGUGCUGCAAUUAGUUCAUUCAUUGAAAACUCAGUUGCUCUCUGAGCUGUCGGGUAGAGACUGCUUUCGGCUUUUUUCCUGCUGUUAAGAUCUCCUCUAGAGAGCUGCAACAAUGCCCAAAAGAAAGGCUGCAGAUCAAGGUGAUAUGAGGCAGGAGCCAAAGAGAAGAUCAGCCAGACUGUCUGCUUUGCCUGUGCCCAUUACACCAGAGUUGAAGUCCAAAAGAACAUCAACUCCAAGGAAAAUGAAGGCAAAAAAUGAUAUGAUGGGAAAAAACACAGAUGCAAGUGCCAAAGCCAUAGCCAAAGCCAUAGCUGAAACCAAGAAAGAAGUUGUUAAAGAAGAAUACAACAGUGAAACUGCUGAAAAUGGAGAAGCCAAUCUUAUAGAGACAUCAGCUUCUGAAAAAGAAAUAGAGGAAAUAAAAGAAGAAAAAAUUGAAGAUAUCAAAGAAGAAAGAGGAGAAAAGAAAGGAACAGUGGCAGCAGAAGAAAAAGAAGAUGAAAAAGAAGAUCAGAAAGGAGAUGGAGAAGAUCAAAACAAGGAAGAAGAGAAAGGAGAAGAUGGAAGAGGGAAAGAAUAUGAAAAAGAAGAUGAAGGUGGAAAAGAGAAAGAAGAAGAUGGAAAAGAGGAAGAAGACAAGAAAGACACAGGAGAUGAAAAGGAGGGUGAAGAUGGAAAAGGGAAAGGAGAAGAUGGCAAAGAAUCUGAAGAUGGAAAAGAUAAAGGAGAAGAUGAAAAAAAGGGAGAUGAUCGAAAACAGAAAGGAAAUGGAAAAGAGAAUGAAGAUGGAAAAGAGGAUGAAGAUGGAAAGGGGGAUAAAGGUGUAAAUGAGAAGGAAGAUGAAAAGGAGAAAGGAGAAGAUGGAAAAAAGGAAGAAGGAAAAGAGGAAGAAAAUGGAAAAGGAGACAGGAAAGAUGGAGGAGAUGGAAAAGAAGAUGAAAGCAAGGCUGAAAUUGGAAAAGAAAUAGCCGAAAGAAAAGAGGUCAAAAAAGAAGAUGGAAAAAAAGUAGAGUUUCAGAGUGUUUUUUAAAGCUGCCCUAUAUGGUUUCAUAAUUUGGUAAUAUGUACCUUCAUGUUGUAAUGUUAAGAGAGAUGAAUAUUUUUAUCAAAUAUUUUAUAAACACAGCUUUUCUUUAGCAUCAAUUUAAUUUCAAAACAUCUUCAU